CAGCUGCGUGUAAAAUUAUGACCACGUAAUCUUAGUAAAUCGAUUUACUUUCACAAUGGGUGAUGUUCCUCAAGGAAAUCAAGAGCAAGGCCAAGAAGUUCCAGUUAACCAGAAUCCACAGUUUGUGACAGAAACAUUUUCGUCUGUGAUAGAAUUUCUGCAGCAAUAUGGCUGGUUUGUUUUAUUUGGUAUUGUGGUUCUGAUUUACAUAAAGGUCAAGUUAGACCCUCAUAUCAGAAGAGUAAAGAAGAAAGCUGAAGAUGUGAUAGAACAAAAGAAAUUUGACCCAGAUGUAGCACAGAGACGUAUGGAACAGAUGGAGAGAGCCAGGCAGAGAUUACAAGAACAGCAUGAUGCUGAAGCAGCUAGAUAUGCUGAAAAACAAAGAAUUAAAGAAGAAGAAAAAAGAAAACUAAAAAUAGAAGAUUGGGAAAAUCACCAACAAGGAAAGGGUUACAGAUCUAAAGUUAAACCAAAAGAAGAAGAAGAUAUAAAGAAACCUUUGAAAGCUAAGCCAAGAUUAAGAACCAAUGAUUACAAUCCAUUAAUGGGAGACAUGGGAGGUGCAUCAUUUAGACCCCCAAGGAGGAGUGGAGGAGGAGGAUGAGGUUAAUUUGUGUAUCCUGAUAAUAUGGCAAGGAGUAGUCCAGUUGAUUAAUUAGGACUUUUUGCCACCAGGAUACACACUUUUUAUAAAAGUGAUCCUGUCUUUUAAUUAGUUUAUAUAACACAUUUUUGUAAUAUUUCAAAUAAUGCUGAUGUAGGUCUUAUUUAGGCUUAUUGAGUUUUUAGCAAAGAUAACUCAUUAAUGUCAAUGAAAAUUUUUAUUUUAUAUUUUUAAAGUUAUUUAUGGUUCGUAUGUAUUUAGUGUAUUGUUAAGUUAAUGUUCUUAUAUAAUCAAGUCAUUAUUCUUUCCAAUAUUCUAUAAACGUUUCCAACCUUAGAUAGACCAUUGUGUGAUUUAUAAAAUUAAAAAUAUAAUUUCUACAUAAUUGAACACCUAUUAAAUAUAAGAAAAAUAAUGUUGUUCAGGAUUUGGGACAGACAGCAAUUUUAUUUGUAUUUUUUAUGUAAAAACUUAUAAAACAUCUUUAUUAUAUCUUUAAAGAUUUUUGUAAAAAUUGUGUUCAGUUGUAAUUUAAAGGUAAUCACACCUUUUUAUGCAUUUUUUUAUAAGCUAAUAAAAUCAUAUUAAGUAUUUUUUAGUUCAUGAUUUUAACACUUUGAGUGUUUUGAUAAUCAUAUAAUUAUAUCACAUUUAAAAAAAAAUAUGUUUCAAACCCAAUUUUUUUUAAAGAGAAAAAAGAAGAAAUGCAUAAGAAGAUCCCUUCAAUUACUAUCAUCCAGAUAGGCAUUUUGAAUCUCAGCUUUGACCAUUUAGAUAACUAGUAGUUUAUUUUGAGAUUUUUUUACGCAUGAUACUGUGUAUAUAUAUUCUAAUUAAAAAAGAGGAUCACUGUAAAUUAUACAGUAUUUUUCAUUUAUUUUAAAAAUAUUUUCAUGCAUCCAUUUGAAUUGUAAGGUAUAAAUUAUCUAUGGAAUGUUUGAAUUAUGUGUAAGCUUAUUAUAAGAUUGUACAUGAAUGUAAGGGUAUGUAUGUGUUAUACCUCAGAAUUCAAUGUGGAUAUAUAAAUAUUUUGAAUUUUAUGACAAUUGUUCUUUAAAGAUAAACUUUGUCUGGGAACAAUUUGAAACAAUGAUAAUACUGUGUACACUUGUUUCGAGGUUUUAGAUAUUUAUUGAUUUUGUUAUAAAAAAGGUAUUAACCUACUUACAUAAAUUUUUAAUAAAAAGUUAUAAAAAAUA